AUGGUGUUGAUUGUAUCAUCUGAAAAUGAAAGUCAAGUUAUAGAUCAACUUCAAGAAUCUGAUAGCGACGAAAUUGUCAUUGAAGAAUUUCUUGAUGGACAAGAAUUGAGUAUAUUAACUUUUUCUGAUGGAUAUACCAUAGUAUCUCUUCCUCCUGCACAAGAUCAUAAAAGAAUUUUUGAUGGUGAUCAGGGGCCAAAUACUGGUGGAAUGGGUUGUUAUUGUCCAGCUCCUAUUGCAACUCCAGAACUUUUACAGCAAAUAAAUUCUACAAUACUUCAACCUACUAUUGAUGGACUGCGUCAUGAUGGUUAUCCAUUUGUUGGCAUGCUUUUUACUGGUUUGAUGGUAACUGGAGAUGGACCUAAAAUAUUAUCAGGUUAUCCAUUUGUUGGCAUGCUUUUUACUGGUUUGAUGGUAACUGGAGAUGGACCUAAAGUACUAGAAUAUAAUGUUCGUUUUGGAGAUCCUGAAACAGAAACAGUCUUGCCAUUAUUGAGUGAUGAUACUGAUUUAGCUGAAAUAAUGAUGGCAUGUAUUGAACGUAGAUUGGAUUCGAUUAAGAUCAAUAUCAAACCAGGACAUUCUGCGACUGUUAUUAUAGCAUCGGGUGGUUAUCCUGGUAGUUAUGCUAAAGGGAAAGAAAUUACAUUUCAAAAUCUUCAAUCUGACACAUUAAUUUUUCAUGCUGGUACAAUUAGAAAAAAUAAUAAACUAGUUACUUCUGGUGGACGUGUAUUAGCAGUUACUGGAGUUGCUUCAACAUUAAGAGAUGCGGUUGAUAAAGCAUAUAAAGAUUUAAAAAAUAUUAAUUUUGAAAAUAUGUAUUAUAGAAAAGACAUCGCACAUCGUGCUUUUAAACAUAUCUCGAACAAUCCAUCUGCUAACAGUGAAGAGGUAAUGACAUAUGCAUCUGCUGGUGUUUCUAUUGAUUCAGGAAAUUUGCUCGUUCAAAAAAUUAAAUCACUGGUAAAGAAAACUGAAAGAGUUGGUUCCAAUUGUGAGCUAGGAGGAUUUGGUGGUUUGUUUGAUUUAAAGGCUACAGGCUUUAAAGAUCCAAUAUUAAUAGCCACAACAGAUGGUGUUGGCACUAAAUUGAAAAUUGCGCAAGAAACAAGAAUUCAUAAUACAAUUGGCGCUGAACCUUUAUUUUUGCUUGACUAUUAUGCAUGUGGAAAAUUAAAUGUUGAUGUUGCCAAGAAUGUGGUUGAAGGCAUUGCUAACGGAUGCCAUGAAUCUGGAUGUGCUUUAAUUGGAGGUGAAACUUCAGAGAUGCCAGGAAUUUACAAAGAUGAAGAGUAUGAUUUGGCAGGAUUUGCAGUUGGAGCUGUAGAACGUGAAAAUCUGUUACCACGUGUGUCAGAUAUCAAGGUUAACGAUAUACUUAUUGGACUAGCUUCUUCAGGAAUUCAUUCCAACGGAUUUUCAUUGAUUCGAAAGAUUAUAACAAAAAAGAAUUUAAAAUAUGAAUCAACAUGUCCAUGGGAUUCAAAAACAUCAUUAGGUAAAAGUCUUCUUACACCAACCAAAAUUUACGUUAAACAAUUAUUACCAUUGAUUAAAAAUAAAAAGAAACUUGUUAAAGCGAUGAUUCAUAUUACUGGUGGUGGUUUUGUGGAUAAUAUACCAAGAGUUUUGCCUGAAAAUCUUGGUGUAAAUAUAAAUUCAAAAUCAUGGGAAUUACCUCAAGUAUUCAAAUGGCUGACAAGUAAUGGAAAUAUACCAUCAGAUGAAUUAUAUCGAACGUUCAAUUGUGGAAUUGGAAUGGUGUUGAUUGUAUCAUCUGAAAAUGAAAGUCAAGUUAUAGAUCAACUUCAAGAAUCUGAUAGUGAUACCAAGAUUUAUAAAAUUGGACAUGUGAUUGAAAGACAAAAUAAUAAUGAAAAACGAAUUAUAAUUGAGGGAAUCUAA